AUGUCGCUGCCCGACAGGAAAGAAGUCCUGCCCGGCCCAGACCCUAUUCAUGCGGCCGACGAUGAGCAGUCCCUCCACUACGAGGUCAACUGGACCAAAGAGGAGGAGAGUAAGGCCAAGAGAAAGCUGGAUCUUAUCAUCAUGCCGAUCCUCACCCUAGGCUUCUUCUGCUUGCAACUCGACAGAGGAAACAUUGCCAAUGCAAUUACAGACAAGUUUAUGGAGGACGUCGGAAUUGAUCAGGACCAGUUCAACGUAGGCCAGCAGAUGCUCUCGUUGGGAAUUGUCCUGUUCGAGAUACCCUCCAACAUGAUCCUCUAUAGGGUCGGGCCUGGAAAGUGGCUCACCCUCCAACUAUUCCUUUUCGGCUUUGUUAGUCUUUUCCAGGCUUUCCAGCAUGGGUACGGUGCCUUUAUUGCCACUCGUUUCCUCCUGGGAGUCACAGAGUCUGGUUUCAUCCCAGGCGGUCUCUGGACACUAUCAACAUGGUAUACCAGAAAAGAGACGGCGAAGAGAGUCAUGUUCUUCUACUUCGGAAAUCAGUUCGGGCAGGCCUCGUCAAAGCUUCUGGCGUACGGGAUUCUCCACAUGCGUGGUGUGGGCGGCAAGCCCGGCUGGUGUCAGUAUCACCUUUUUCCUCUUACGGAUCCUCGCCUUUCAAGUUUUGGAUUUUUUAGAAUGCAACUCUUUGGGAUCCUUAGUAUGACUAACGUCACUACAGUCUGGCUUUUUGCCAUCAUGGGUGCCUUCACCGUGUGUUGUGGUUUCAUUUAUGGCUUCCUCUUCCCGGACUCAUUCAGGAACCCACAUAGCACUUUCUUACCCUUCGUGCCGAUUUUCAAUGAACGGGAAGUCCACAUCCUGCGCACACGAGUCCUGCUCGACGACCCAGCCAAGGGCAGAAAGAAGAAGCGCAUCGGGCUGCCCGCGUUCAAAAAGGCUUUCUCCAAUUGGCGUCUCUGGGUUCAUUUCCUUAUUACGCUCUGCAACAACGGGCCGCAACGUGCCUUCGACACCUACUCGCCCUCGAUCGUCAGCAGCUUCGGCUUUGCUGCCCUUACCAGCAAUGCUCUCGCUUCGGUCGGUCUGUUCCUCCAGAUCCCAGUGUCUUUCAGCUUUAGUGUGAUAUCGGAUCGUUUCAACAAGCGUGGCGAGACCGUGAUGGCCGGGUUGAGUCUGCAUCUCCUUGGCUAUGUCUUCAAUCGCAUCUUCACGGAACUACGUGGGCUCCGAGGCGUCCGGUAUUUCGGUGUUGUCUGGACGCAGACAUUCGGCACAUUCCCGCAUCCGUUGAACAUUGCCUGGAUGUCCCUGACCUGCACAGAUUCGGAAGAGCGAGCUCUGGCCAUGGCAAUGGUUAUUAUGGGUGCCAAUAUUGCCGGUAUCUAUGGUGCCCAGAUAUUCCGCGCGGAUGACAAGCCGCUGUACCGCCGCGGUUUCGGUAUCGACAUCGCUGUUCUCACCGUUGGCGUUACUCUGGCGGUGGUGCGAUACUCGGAUGGCUGGUUUCAAAAACGACGGGCAGCAAAACAAGGGCAGCUUGCGAAUGUCGACUCGGGGAGUGAGAACAACUCGCAAGUGGGCGAGAAGAGCAGUCUCCCACGAGUACAGCCGGGCAGCUAG